CUUGCACUUUGUAUCCCCAAAUAAUAGAUGGAGCUUUCAGACAUAAUAUUGCUCGAGCUGAAUGGUACGUAUGACCAAUAAUCCUAGAAAUACUUUAAUCUUUAUAAUAACUGUGUAUUGCAUUCUAAGAAGUGGAUUUAUUUAUUUGAUUUUGGUGUUAAACAGAGAAUGAUCUCUCAGUUUUUAAAUCGUUUAGCAAGUGUUAGGCUGUUCUUUUGAAACAUGUCAUUGAUUUUUACCUGUUUGUGUUUUCAGAUCGUUCACCCAAACCACCCCAGCUUUCAAAAUAUGGAGAUACACAAAAUAAAGACAGGAUUUAUUUUGAUUUUUGCCUACCUGCUUCUCUUUGCUCCUGUCAACCAAACCCCUCUUCCAAAUGCCACCAUCUCUGACCUCUCCUUCAAAAACAUGGACUGUGCCAUGAACCUCUACAGGACGAUAUCAGGCUACCACGACAAGAACAUAUUUUUCUCCCCUCUGAGCAUCUCUAACACCUUUGCUGCUCUUUUACUGGCUUCAGGUGGUGCCACACAUCGGGAAAUACUACGAGGACUCAACCUGGAGCAGCUUACGCAAGCCGAUCAGCCAGAGCUAAUUCCCAAACUCUUUGAGCUCCUGAAUGAAAACAUCACACAGAACAAAUCACUAAGACUGGACCAGAGCAUGGCACUGUUCAUGAGCCCACAGUUUGAGGUGGAGAGACAAUUUGAAGACCAAAUCAAGAGGUUCUUUGACGCCGAUAUCAAAAGUGUGAACUUUGAAGACACAGAGGAAAGCGUUCGAGUCAUCAAUGAGUACAUCCAACAAAAGACUGAAAACAAAGUGACUGACAUGAUUUCAAGUCUGGAUCCAGUGAUCCAGCUCAUGCUAGUCAGUACAAUUUUCUUCCAGGGUAAGUUGAUUUGCAUCAUGAAUCUCAUCUUUAGUCAUCUGCUUUGACUGACUGUUUUUUGUUUUGACCUUUGACCCUUGUGUCACUGUUAAUCUUGGGGUAUUUUUCUUCUAAACAGGAUCCUGGGAGAAGCCUUUCAACUCAGACUUCACCAACACUGCCCCCUUCUACGUCAACAACUAUAAAGUUGUGCAAGUACCGAUGAUGUUUAUGGAAGAUAAGUUCUACAUGAUGGAAGACAACCCUCUUGGCGCCAAAGUGUUAAAGCUACCGUACCAGGAGGGCGUGUCCAUGCUCAUUCUGCUGCCCAACAAAGGCAUGGACUACACUGUUAUUGAUGAGGAGAUCACAGCUGAGAGGUUCCAGAGCUGGAUCAAAAAUCUGCAAAAAAUGUAAGAAAUGAUUGCUUGGAACACUCACCUCCCAGAUUUUUCUUCAAUAAUAGCAUUAUAGCAUUGUAUUAUUUAAACAUGGCUGCUAAUUUCUCUUUCACAGCAAACUCGAAGUCACCAUGCCCAGAUUCAAGAUUGAGCAGUCGUACGCCCUGCACGACCUCCUCCCACAAAUGGGCAUGGCCAGUAUCUUCAGCAGUUCAGCCAAUUUGACAAAGCUGAGCAAGAAUGAGGGACUCAAAGUCUCAGAGGUUUGUGUCAAAUUUCACUGUGUUGCUUUCACAAAUACCUGUUCAAAUUGUCAGGUGACGAUUUUAAACUUUACUUUACUUGUUAUCACAGGUGCUACACAAGGCUGUAAUUGAGGUGAAUGAGACAGGAACUGUUGCAUCAGCGGCCACAGUCAUCAGCAUUACUCCAUAUUCCUUACCCAGGGCCUUCCCUGUGAACAGACCAUUUUUCUUCUUUUUAUACCAUGAAGACACAAACUGUCUGCUGUUCAUGGGCAGAGUGAUUGAUCCCACCAAAAACUAACAGUACAAUAAACAGUUUGAGUUUUGAAAUACAUGCACAAAACAUUGUUAUUAUUAACACUUUCAAAAGGCUGUUUUGAUGCAUUAUAAAUCUCAGUUUCUUUUAAACUUCUGGUUUGUUCUGUGGGCUGUCCCUUCCAAAUAAAGAUAAAGUUUAAGCUUUUGUAUUGAUUCAAAUCAUUUUGUUUCUCAGCAAAUAAUGUAUUAAAAACACACUAAAUGAGAGCAUAAAGAUUUAAUAGAUUUUAUAAAGAAGAUACAUUUUUAAAAUGAAAAUGCAGGACUUUUAUCUACGACUUUUCUCAUGAGGAUAACAUGCCAUACAUUUUUUUUUUUUUUGUCUUCUUUUAAUAUUUAGAUUUCAUUUUAAGAUUUUUUUUUCUUCGUCACUGUCUCACGAGAAUAAAGUUGCAGAAUCACACAAUUUUUUUUUUUUUACAAUAAAAAGAUCCAGAGAAAAA